AUGCCACCAAUUCCAAUACUGGCCGUGGCAUUACCUGUGGCUUUUAUAUCCUCUAUAUUAGAGGACCAACAACAAUUUAUUGAUACUGAUGCUAACUGGGUGGACGAAGAAGAAAGAAACAAUAAUAAUGCCUUGUUAUCCUCCGCACCUGCCGAUAGAGCUUCUAUAAUUUCAUGUUUACAGCGAAUUGAUAGUCAAAUAUUGGCUUUUAAGACAGAAGUUUUAGAAAAGAUUAACUCGAAUCAAGAUUCCUUUAGCACUCUAUAUCAAAAUUCCGGCGAAUUGCGAGAACGGAUUAAUAAUUUGUUUACGGAAUUCGAGAAUGUUUCUAAGGAAGUUAAUGAUCCCGAGAAAGGAGUUAAAUCAAAAUUGCUUUUAUCAUUGCAAGAGAAUCACGAUGUGAAGCAGGACGCACAGAAUAGUGGGGCUGUUACGGAAAUGUUAAACUAUUUAAGCGAAGUGCAGCUAUGCAUCAAGCGCUUUGGUGAAUAUUUAGCCGACGCACGAAUAGAAGAAGCUGCCGGAAUAGUGAGAGGAAUGGAUUCAUUGCUCGAAAUAUCACCAAUCAUAUCCGAUAAAAGAAUAUACAUUUUUGAAAAACUAAAGUUGAAAUUGGCGAGCAUGAAAGACAUGUUAGAUCAAACACUUGAUGAUCUUUUAACUAGAGCAAUUGUAUUUGAAAGGAUAGAUGGAGAUAUUGAGAGUGGAUCUAUUCUUACGGUGGCAACUUUUAUUACAGGUCCUGACUCUGCCACGCAUUUAUCAUCAAUCUUUGUUUCACUUACUGAAGUCAAUCUUGUUGAUAUGCAACUAUCUCGACUAAAAAAAAAUGUAAUGAAAUACCUCAUUGUACCGUUACUUAAGCAUCGUCAAAGCUGGCAUGCAUCAAUAAAAAUUGAAGAUGAUAUAACAUCUAAACUUAUAGUUGGCUCAAAGAAUGAUAAUUAUAACGAAUCAGUUGAUCCGUUGUUUGCCUCUUUAACCGCAAUCUUUCACUUCAUCUAUAAUCGCAUUCUUGGAGGUCCGAAUCCUUCUUUAUUUUCUGGUCCGUUGAAUCCUUCACCUCUAACUACUCAAUAUGUCUCAAAGUUUGGCAAUUUUAUUUCACGAGAUCUCCGGGAACUGGUUAUAAAAGAAUACCUUUCACACAUGAUACCAAUUGAGACAUCAGAAUUAACAUCAUUUGAAAAGAUAGCUCAAUCAGCACGAUUGUUUGAAGCUGAAAUGCGGCGAUUGGAGUUUAUGCUUGAAUCACAAAGCAGUGAAGAGGAGGAAGAGGAACAUACUCUAGGGGCAUAUGUCGCCAAAGUGGAUAUACAUUUUACCAUCCGUAAACGGGAUCGAUUAUUAGAGCUUGGUAGAAAGGUUAUGACGGAUGAGGUAUUUGAAAGCGUAGUGAUUGCUGAAGAUGUAGAACGGGGGAAGGAAAAUCUAGAAAACUCUAUAAAAGAGGAGACAAAGGUUACAGAAGAAAAUGCAGAAAAGGAAAAAGAGAAUAAAUCAGAAAAUAACGAAGGAUGGGAUUUUGGUUGGGAGGAAGAUUGGGGAGAAAACCGUUGGAAUAAUCAAGGCGAUAAGGAUAAGAAGAAUGUGACAAUCACAAAUAAAGAGACGAUUCAGAAUAUAAAUUCUGAAAUUAGUAUACUUGAGCCUGAGCGAUAUGAAAUUACCGCAAAGUCAAAAGCUUUGAUCGAGCUUACAAUCGAUAUUUUGAACGAAGCGCGAAAAUUAAAUGUGCAAAGCGGUAUUCGGCUUUACAAUGCAACGCUCGAUCUUUUCGAUUUAUAUCGUGCAAUAAUGCCAGUCUAUCAUUCAAACAAAUUUACCGACAUUCCCGCUCUUGCAAUGAUGUUUUAUAAUGAUUGCAUGUGGCUCGCAUCCGAGCUUUUAAAAAUUCAAAAACAAUAUUCAAGUCCGCAGCCGACAUCAUCUAAUGAUGUAACGAAUUUAGGGAAUGAUAUUGAAGAAGAUGGCUGGGGAUUUGACACUGAAAACAUGGAAGAAGUUAAUAAUGUAAUUGGCGAUCAAUGGUCAGGACAGAAUGUUUAUUAUGAGGAUAUGGCAAAUCAAUUGCGCGAGUUAGGACAAAGAUGGUUUGAUAUUCAAAUAGAAACACAAAAAUCUGUGCUUAAAGAAUUCCUUGAUGAAAUGGAAGGCCUUCAUUUAAUGGCACGCGAGGAACGAUUUGACGUUUGUCAUCGUGUCAUAAAGCAAAUUGUACAUACAUUAACGCAAUUAAAUAAAGUGUUAAAGGCAGUUCUUUCUCCUGCUUUACGAUAUACAGCGCUAGGUUUACUGGUAGAUUCCGUUAUAAAACGAAUGAUUGAUGACGUAGAAGACUUGUAUGAUAUAUCUGCCGAAGAAUCUCAACAAUUAAACUUGAUUUGUGGAAUGUUGUUUGAGUUAGGAGGCUUAUUUCCUAAAAUAGGACCACACAAAAUUAAUAUGCACGUAAAAAAUUGGGAGAAAUACCGACACUUGACGGAUAUUCUCAAUUUUUCGCUCGCGGAAAUUAUGACUCGAUUCCGCAAUAAAGAAUUGACUGAAUUCAAAACUACCGAAUUGGAAAAUCUAAUAUGCGCAUUGUUCGCGGAUACAUCUUUACGGGCACGAAAUCUCCAGGAAAUUCAAGAGGGACACCCUUUGUAA